AUAAAGUGUCUUUGGCGUCUCGAGCAAAACAAGCAAACAGCUUACUUUUUAAAAAGCGCCAUCAAGAAGUCACUGAGUAGAAAGCCGUGUUGCAGAGCAAGAAUGGAGCUGUACUUGGAUCUUUUCUCUCAGCCCUGCCGCUCAGUUUAUAUGUUCGCCAAGAAGAACAACAUUCCGUUUGAGUUCAAACAGCUAUCUCUGCUGGACGGUGAGCAGUAUGGGGAAGAGUUUGGAAAGAUCAGCUUGAUAAGAAAAGUCCCUGCUCUUCGAGAUGGAGACUUCUGCCUGGCUGAAAGCAUUGCCAUCCUGCUGUAUCUGGCAGAGAAGUUUAAGACUCCAGACUUCUGGUACCCAGACGACCUCCAGCAGCGUGCUCGCAUCAAUGAGUACCUGUCAUGGCAGCAUAUGGCCAUCCGUAUGCAUGGAUCCAAGAUGUUCUGGCUUCGGCUUUUGAUUCCCAAGGUUCUGGGUGUGGAUGUCCCCCAGGACAAGCUGGAUGCAGCAUUGGAGGAUCUGAACAGCUCUCUGAAACUCAUCGAAGAGAAGUUCAUCCAGGAUAGGCCCUUCAUUGCAGGAGAGCAUGUCUCAUUGGCCGACCUGGUUGCCAUUGUGGAGGUUAUGCAGCCUGUGGGCUCCGGCCUGGACGUGUUUGAGGGGAGGCCCAGGCUAAGCGCAUGGCGGGACAGAGUCCAGGAAGCCAUUGGAAAGGAGCUGUUUGACGAUGCCCACCAGGCCAUCCUGGGCGCUCAGGAGAGUGUGAAACAGAUGAGCACCAGCAAGAUUCACCUUUUCAAACCCAAGAUCCAGAAGUUAUUCAUGUGAAGAGGAGAACUGCUUCUGUCCUUGUCAUGUCUGACAAAACAGAUAACUCAAAAAGCAUGAUGUUUCUCUGUUACUGGAUAGUAUACGGUAUGCAUUCCAAGCUUCUAUUAUGAACCCCCACUGUUUUAAUGUAAAGAAUAAGCACUAGGACAUUGCACAUUAAUGACAGCAUGUGAUGUGUGGCACUGAGCCAUUGAGGCAGUCAGACACAGUUCUGUUGUGUAACGCAGAGGAAUGUGGAAUGUGAAAUGUGAGAUAAGUGCUCCUCUGGGAGCUGCAGCAUUUCUAUGUCAACAAACAGUCCUGGAGAAAUGUCCUUAAUGCUACACUAAGGCCACAGUAUAUGAAGUUCCAUGUGAUGAGACAUUGUAACACUCUCACAAGCCUUAAUAAAUAGCUUAAUAAACUCUGAUUAUUCAGUUGAGAACAACAGAAGUUGUUCACACUGUGAAAAUGA